AUGUGCGACAACGACAAGCAGAAGAUUAUAAUAGUAGGGGGUGGUUUGGUUGGGUCUUUAUGUGCGUGUUUUAUGGCAAAGAGAGGACACGAAGUGACCCUUUAUGAGAGGAGAGAAGAUAUUCGGACGUCUAAAAUUGUGACUGGAAGAUCGAUCAACCUGGCUUUGUCCCACAGAGGAAGGGAGGCAUUGAGAUCAGUAGAUCUCGAACUUGAAAUUCUCAACACCAGUAUUCCCAUGAGGGGAAGAUUAUUGCACACUCUAUCUGGAAAGACAACUUCUAUUCCUUAUGAUCCCGUAACAAAGCAGUGUAUAUAUUCAGUUAGCAGAAAUUUCCUUAACCAGGCCUUGCUGAAAGCUGCUGAAACGUAUCCGAAUGUAAAGCUACAUUUCAACCAGAAGUUGGUCAGGUCCAAUUUCGAUGAGGGGACCGUAACAGUAUUAAAUACCAAUACCUUCGAAACCUCAGAAGAUACAGCAGACCUAAUCAUUGGAGCUGAUGGGGCGUUUAGUGCUCUACGAAGAUCUAUGCAGAAAACACCACUCUUCGAAUUCAGUCAGAAAUACGUUGAGCACGGUUACCUGGAGCUGUCCAUUCCACCCGAAAGAGGAACCCUAAUGGCUCCAAACCACCUUCACAUAUGGCCGAGAGGAGCAUUCAUGAUGAUCGCCUUGCCGAAUCAGGAUUCAUCUUGGACUGUAACACUCUUCAUGCCAUUUCAGAGAUUCAGUCAACUGAGCACCCGAGAAAUGAUACUGGGAUUUUUUAAAGAUAUAUUUCCGGAUUCUCUUAGUUUGAUUGGAGAAAGGGAACUGGUUGAAACUUUUUUCGAGAAGAAACCUUCGGCUUUGGUUUCCAUAAAAUGCAAGCCGUAUCACGUCGGAUCUAGAUUUUUGAUUGUUGGAGAUGCAGCCCAUGCUAUGGUUCCUUUUUACGGACAAGGUAUGAAUGCUGGGUUUGAAGACUGCUCCCUCUUGAAUCAACUUCUUGAGGAAAAUAACGAGAAUUUCCCAGAAACUAUAAGAAAAUUUAGUGAAAUUCGAGUCGCUAGUGCCCAAGCCAUCUGUGAUCUGGCAAUGUACAAUUACGAGGAAAUGCGAAAUCUAGUUACCAAACCAACCUAUCACAUGCGUAGAGCGCUGGACAACGUUCUAUUUAAGAUACUUUCAGAUAAAUGGAUCCCUCUAUAUAACUCCAUAAGUUUCUCUCAUAUCGAUUACAUGAAAUGUUUAGAAAACAGAAAAAAGCAGGACAACAGCAAUCCAAACUGUUUCCAACAGUCAGAUGCAUAA